AUGGAUGGUAAAACAGUUCAUUUGCUUGAUUUACCUGAUGAAAUAUUACUUAUUGUUUUGAAAAAACUUGAUUCUGUUGAUGUUCUUUAUUCAUUAUUAAAUGUUAAUAAACGACUUGAUCAAAUGGUAAGAAGUGUUAACAAUACUAAAUUCUUAAACUUUUCAAUGAAUAAUGUUCAACUUAAUCGAUUUUGUUGUGAAAUAUUACCUCAAAUACAUCAAAACAUUGUAUCACUUACUCUUGAAAUAUUUUCUAUGGAACGUAUUCUUCUUGCUUGCGAAUAUCCUAAUCUUACUAUUAUUGUUUUGACCAAUUUUUUGCCAGAUAUUCUUUUACAAUAUUUAACAGAUGAAUCGCCAAUUUUUCGUUUGUUGCAACAACAGAUAAAACAUCUAACUGUUAAGUGCGACAAACAAUUGGUUAUUAAUCAUUCAUUUACAGAUGUAUGUGUACGUAUACUUGCCAUCUGUAGAAAUUUGUCGUACUUAAAUGUGCAUCAAUGGUUAAUAACCAAUCAUGCCUGCCUUUCAAUCCGUGAUCGACCUCCAAAUGUUUGUCUUUCUUCAAAUUUACACACUUUGUCUAUUAGUGUGGAUACCUUUGAUGAUUGCCUUUGUCUACUUGAUGGUCGUCUAGAACAAUUACGUUCUUUCACAGUACGUAUUUAUUUUAUUAUAAGAUCAAGAAUGAAUAAUAAUAAUCAAACAACUUUAUGUAAUCUCAAAGAAUUCUCAUUAAUUAGCUAUUUACACACAACCGCUUAUGAUUGUCGAAUAUUACCACUUCUUCGUCGAAUGCCGAAUUUAAAAACUCUCACUUUCGGUCUCAAUAUAGUGCGAUUAACUGUUAUUGAUAGUUUAUAUCUUAAUGAAGAACUUCUUAUUCAUAUGAAAUAUUUAAAUAAGUUUAUAUUUCAUAUUUGUACUGUUUUACCAGAUUUUGAAGCGAAUUAUUUCUUAACAACGAAUGAUAUUAAAAAUACAUUUCUUAAUUGGAAAUAUUCUUCAGUUAGUUGUUGUAUCGAUCAUUUUUCAGACGGAUAUAGUUAUUAUCAUAUUUAUUCGACACCAUUUCAAAUGACUGAUUUUAUGUGUCUUUCAAAUAGUUUUUGUGGUCAAGAUUUCUUCUAUGUUACUAAUUUAUGGUUAUUUGAUACACGUCCAUUUGAACAUGAUUUUUUCGAAUGGCUAUCACAAGCAUGUCCAUUACUCCAAGAUUUACUCAUUGCCAAUUCAAUAUCACAGAAAGAUAAACGUCAAGUUGCAAUAAUUAAUGAUAAACAAAUCUUCUCAAAAAUUUCAUAUUUACAUUUAUCUUGA